AUGGCAAGCACAACAAUGCCUAUUUCUACUGCAUUUGCGUCAACGGAGCAGUUCACAUUUGAACGGGUGGUUGCAUAUCCGUCUGGUAAUGGUUUUCCUACAACAUCAAUCACUACUGCUGAUGUCAACGGCGACAAUAAACAAGAUAUCGUUGGUAUAUGUGGAUCUGACAACAAUGUUGCUGUAAUACUUGGAUAUGGUAAUGGAUCGUUUGGAACACCCACAAUGUAUCUUACAGGAUCUAGAAUUCCACCAACACUCAUUAUUGUCGUUGAUAUAAAUGGUGACAAAUAUCCAGACAUCGUUGUUGCAGAUCCCGGGUGGGCAAAUGUGCUUUUGUUUUUUGGUUAUGGAAAUGGAUCUUUCCAAGAGCGAAUAAUUCUUUAUAUGGGAGAUCCAAGUGGUCCGAUUUCAUUGGCUGUCGAUGAUCUUAACGGCGACAGUUACCCGGACAUUGCUGUCGCAAAUGUAGGGUCCGGUCAGGUAGUUGUAAUGCUUAAUUAUGGUAAUGGGUCGUUUCAAGCACCAUACGCGGUUGGAGGUUGUAGAGACUUGUUCUCAGUUGCCCUUGGUGAUUUCGAUGGUGAUAGCUGCGUCGAUAUCGCUAUUGUAUGUAAUUGGUCAUAUGAGAUAAUGACGUACUUUGGCAAUUGUGAUGGAACUUUUGGACAAGAGAUAACUUUUGGUGUGCCUGGCUUUCCAUUGUCACUUACUGCUGCUGAUUUCAACAAUGACAACUACCUAGACAUCGCUGUCGCAAAUAUUGCCGGAGGACAUAUAAGUGUGGUGCUUGGUAAUGCUAAUAGAGCGUCUAUAUCACGACAUGAUUAUUCUACAGGAGACAAUGAUCCAGUGGCAAUCGCUGUCGGUGAUCUCAAUGGUGACAGUUACCUAGACAUGGCUGUUGCGUAUAUUUUUCGUGAUGGCAAUAUGAUGGUAUUUCCUGGCUCUGGAGAUGGAACUUUUGGAGAAAUUAUAUCUUUAUCGUUAGAAUUUUAUAACGGAGGAAAUUCAAUCGCUGUCAGUGAUUUAAAUGGUGACAGUUGCUUGGAUAUCAUUGUUGGGACCGGAUCUUAUUUGGAUAUUCUAUUUAACACGUGUUGA